AUGCGGUACUAUAGUCUUGUUGCUUCGGCAUUCGCGUUUGCUGGUUCUGUAGUUGCGCAGUCACCUACCGAGCGAGUCAUCCCGACUCUUCCCCCUCAGAUCAAUGCUCUACCCAGUUUAACCCCAACUAUCUACGAUGAAAGCGCACCAGACGCUCAAAGCUGUCCCGGCUAUAAGGCCUCUAACAUAGCCAACACUGGAUCCGGGUUCAGCGCGGAUCUGACCAUCGCUGGGGCGAACUGCCGGGCUUUUGGUAACGAUAUCACGGACCUGGUCCUAGAGGUCAACUACCAAACCACGGAGCGAUUGAAUGUUAGGGUAUAUCCCAAGCAUAUCGCCCCAGCGAAUAGCUCCUGGUUCAUUCUUCCUCCCAAUAUCGUUGAUCAACCGCAGUGGGAUGGCAAGACAACUGCGAGCUCGAGUGAUCUGAAAUUUGACUGGAGCAAUGAACCCUCCUUUCAGUUCAAGAUUUCGCGAGUUAGCACAGGCGAGGAGCUAUUUUCGACAUUCGGGCAUGUCAUUGUUUACGAGGACCAAUUCUUGGAAUUGGUCACAAAUAUGGUUACGGAUUACAACGUUUAUGGUCUGGCAGAGAACGUUCGUGACUUCCGGCUAGGAACAAACCACACUCAGACCUUCUACGCAGUCGACGCAGGCAACUCAGUCGACCGCAACGUCUAUGGUGUGAUUCCAUUCUACCAAGAAACUCGCUAUGGGACGAAUGGAUCCGACAGUACUUCUCACGGAGUCUAUGCUCGUAAUGCCCAUGGCCAAGAAUGGUUGCUACGCGAAAACACAAUUACGUACCGGACCUUGGGUGGAAGUUUCGACUUCUACUUCUUGAGUGGCCAGAAGCAUGAUGGUAGCUCUAGCGCCCUUACCACGAUUUCGCAGUUCCAUCUAGGGUGCAUUGGUACUACGGCGAUGCAAAUGUACUGGACCUUUGGUUUCCAUCAAGCUCGUUGGGGAUACGAGAACAUUUCCGUUGUUCAAAACGUCGUUGACAGCUACCGAGCUGCCAAUGUUCCGCUUGAAUGCCUCUGGAACGACCUCGACAUCUACGAUCUGUACCGAGACUUCACAAACAACAACGUCACGUAUCCAUUACCGGCUUUCACUCACUUUAUCGAAGGACUACACGCGAAUGGUCAGCACUACGUUCCAAUCAUCGAUAGCAACAUCUAUGUUUCCAAUCCGAAUAAUGCAAGUGACUCCUACGGCCCGUACGAGCGGGGUAAGGACCUACAGACCUUUAUUCGCGAUCCUACGACAGGUGACUAUUACUUCGGCAACAACUGGCCCGGCUUUAGCGUUUGGGGCGACUGGCUCAUUCCAUCCACUCAAGCAUGGUGGACCAACGAGAUCCUCACUUGGCACAAAGGUACCCCGUUCGAUGGUAUCUGGAUCGAUCUCAGUGAAGCAGCAUCAUUCUGUGCCGGGUCAUGUGGUAAUGGCCGCCUCACAGAUAACCCUGUACAUCCUCCGUUCCUUCUUCCUGGCGAUCCGUUGACAUUUGACUUCAAUUACCCCGAGGGUUUCAAUAUAUCAAAUGCCACCGAAGCAGCAUCAGCAGCAGCCGCCUCUGCCUCGCAAGCCUCUGCCAUCUCUGCAUCUCCUAUCUUGCCUGCUGCAACGACUACUAUCCAGGGCAGGACGGAGCCGACCCUCGGUGUGCGAAACCUCAACUACCCACCGUAUGUCAUCAACAAUGUGCAGUCUGGACAUGCAUUGGGUAAAAGCGCUAUUGCUCCAAACGCGACCCACAAUGAUCAAUACAACACGACAGAGUACGAGAUGCACAAUCUGUUUGGGCUACAGAUCUCAAAUGCCACCUACUACUCACUGCUUGAGCUGUUUCCGGGACGCAGGCCGUUCACCGUUGGCCGGAGUGUCUUUGCUGGUAGCGGCAAGACGACGAGCCAUUGGGGCGGAGACAAUACGAGCACAUGGGGAAGCAUGUUCCUGUCUAUUUCUCAAGCUCUUACUAUGAUGAUGUCUGGUAUCCAAAUGUUCGGCGCCGAUACAUGUGGCUUCGCCCGCAAUACCGACUUCCAACUGUGUUCUCGCUGGAUGGAACUAAGUGCCUUCUUUCCGUUCUACCGGAACCACAAUGUCAAAGCCACAAUCGGCCAAGAAGCCUAUCACUGGUCUUCUGUCUCUGAAGCCUCCCGCCGAGCCAUUGCUGUCCGCUACAGCAUGCUGACCUACAUGUACACGCUAUUCUACUAUGCACACACCAAAGGCGAGACUGUCAUGCGCGCUUUAGCAUGGGAAUUUCCUAACGAUGAGACCCUACGUGAGACGUAUAGCCAGUUCCUCCUUGGGCCCUCUGUUCUGGUAACGCCUGUUCUUUUUCCCAACGUUGAAACGGUCAAUGGUGUAUUCCCAGGUAUUGGUGAGGGCACGCGCUGGUAUGAUUGGUAUACGUUACAGGAGGUUCAGGCGAGCCCAAGACAGAACGUUACGCUCAAUGCACCACUUGAGCAUAUCAAUGUUCAUGUUCGUGGCGGUAGCAUUCUCCCGCUCCAGCAACCCAAGUACACCACAACCGAGACGAGGAAUACACCAUAUAAUAUCUUGGUCGCACUUGACGACAACAACGAAGCCGAAGGGAGUCUUUAUCUCGAUGAUGGAGAGAGCUUGCAUCCGAAUGCGACGCGGCUAGUUCAUUUUUCGUACGCCGAUAACUGCCUCUCAUUCUCUUCCAAAGGCAACUACCAUGCCACUCAGCCCCUCGAUAAAAUUACCGUCACCGGUCUCUCUGCUUCGCCCAAUGGCCAUAAGCGCAAACGGGGCAAUCUCCCUAACGUGACAUCUUCAUCCAUCCUCCACUAUUACACAUAUUUCGACUUCACCUUCACCAUGACUAAACUAGUCGUGAUAGUUGGCAUAACAGGCAAUCAAGGCAGUUCCGUCGCCAAAUCAUUCUUACAAGAUCUAGAAUGGCGCAUCCGAGGCUUAACGCGGGACCCACACUCCCCAACCGCACAAGCUCUAGCCGCUCUAGGCGUUGAAAUGGUACAAGCUGACCUGCACAAUGCGGCGUCCCUCCAAACCGUGUUCAAAGGCGCCAACCUCGUCUUCAGCGUAACCGAUUUCUGGACCCCGUACCUCAACCCUUCCAACCAGGCGCGAGCAAAGGAACUGGGGAAGACAAUCGGGCGCUAUGCAUAUGAGCUUGAAUACGAGCAAGGCAAGAACAUCGCCGAUGCCGUGGCCCGAGAAGUUGACGGGCUCGAUGACGUGGGUUUUAUAGCGAGCACGCUGUGUAACGCGCGGAAGAGCAGCAAAGGGAAAUACAAAGAGUUGUACCAUUUUGAUUCGAAAGCCGAUGUGUUUCCGGACUACGUCGAAGAGAAGUAUCCGAAUCUAGCGCGCAAAACGAGUUAUCUCCACACGGGGUAUUUCUACACGAGUUGGAAGAUAAUGCCGGGACGGUGGCUGGCCAAGCUUCCCGAUGGAUCCGUGCAAAUGCAGUGCCCAACGGACCCAGGCGUUGUAAUUCCCCAUCUGAAUCCUCGAACGGAUACUGGACCUUUUGUUCGCGCCUUGCUUCAACUCCCGCCAAAGUCCACGCUGAUGGCUGCUAGUGAGUGGUGCACAUGGCCUGAAUGGAUCAAGGUGUGGGGAGAAGUAACGGGCGUUAAGACGAGUUACAAGCAAGUCAGUGUCAAAGAUUUUGAUGAAUAUAUGCCUGGUGGAGCGGGGCAAGAGAUUGGUGAGAUGUUUGAAUUCUCGUCAGAGUUUGGAUACAAUGCUAGUCAGCAGGACACGCUAAAGACUUGGAAUUUAGAGAAGUUGGGGAUGAAAGUGCCAACGAUGGGUUUGCGAGAGUACAUUGAGUCUGAAGACUGGGUAGCAGCAGGUCAUGUCCCUGCUUAAAGAAAUAUGAUCCAGUAUUUGUUCCUAAUAGACUAGAAUGACAAAUCAAUCGCUGCAUAAGUUGGGCCA